ACUAACUGUUUUUUGGAGGUCCCAGCUACAGGGCAGCUGAGAUGUGGACAUUCCUGUUACACAGGCUGGGUGGAAUUUGAAUAGUACAGAGGAACCGCCUCACGCUGAUUGGCCGAGAGAGGAAUAUUUCCAGCGCGCCUCCUUGUCACUCGACAGACCUCAGGCAGAUGAUUGGCUCGUCCUGAAGAGGGCGGACCCACCAUCUUGACUAUAUACAUAUUCUGUGCUCAGGGCAUCUGCAAGUGAUCGCUGGCUUUCACAGGGAGGCGAAGCGCUGUGUCCAAUGUUUCUCCACAGAGCUGACUUGAACCUUUCUCUUCGAACAAAACGAUUCCUACCGAGACAGCCGAGAGUCGGUUUUCUUCUCCCGGACAGGAGCUGGGGGUGGGCCGGGGGAACAUAUCAAUGAUUACCACCAUGGAAUGCGCAGUGGACGCGCAAAGCCUGAUCUCCAUUUCCUUAAUGAAGAUCCACAACUCCAGGACGCAGAGAGGGGGAAUCAAGCUGCACAAAAACCUGCUGGUCUCUUACGUGCUGAGGAACGCCAGGCAGGUCUACAUCAAGGAGAAAUACGCGGAGAUCUACAGGAUGCAGCAGUACGAGGAGGUGAUGACGGUCUGCAACGAGAUCCAGGAGCUCAACCCGCUGGAUCUGGACGCAGAGGACGCCGACAACGAGGAGCAGGCGCGGGCUGCUUGCUGCGGCGAGGAGAUGAGUCUGUGCGACCCUGCGUGCCACAAAGGCGCGGCGCAGUCAGCGGCGCACGUCCGGACAGCGAGCACUCUCCUCGGCUGUUCUCCUUUCGAGGACGGCAGCAAAGCAGCGGAGCCGUCCGACUACCGCAGCUGCUGCAUGGAGGCUUCUCCCGUGUCACACUUUGACCAGUUUUCUGCAGACAACAACAGGCACUGCAACAAAACCACAGUGCUGGAUUUGGACACGCAUGUGGUGACCACGGUGGAGAACGGCUACCUCCACCAGGACUGUUGCUGUAACCCGCCCCAGUGCGGCCAGGAAGCGCAGUCGCCAGGCAAGAAACGUAAGGUUGAGUUCGGCUGUUGUAUAUCCGACAUGGAGGAAAUAUCUGAUUUUACAGCGGCUCGCAAAAGAGCUAAACGCGAGGACUGUUCCUACUCCAACCCAGACUACACGGACACUUCCAAUAUCUCCAACCUGAUCUCCAUCUUCGGCUCGGGGUUUUCUGGGCUGCUGAGCAGACAGGCGGACUUGGAACAGAUCUGUAGCAAACAGGCCCUGGCCAGUCUUGGGGCAUGGACCCGGGCGAUUGUGGCAUUUUGAAUCAAACACGUUGUUUAACGGGAGACCGGGGCCAGUUGUAACACGUUUUCCCCACUAAAGUAUUAGUAAACAAAACCAAAUGGAGAACUAUUUUCUACUGCCAGUUUCCGUUUGAGUGAGGGCAUGUUCCUGAAUGUUAACACAAAGUUCCCAUACAGCUCCGCCUGACAGUUUACAUAGAUACAACGUUUUUGUGUAGAAAAAGAUGUCAUCUGUGGAACUUUCAGCAAAUGCUCUGUUGAAACCCUUUUUUAAAAAAUGACCACAAAAGAAUGAGUAAAUGUUCCCUGACAGUAUUUAUGUAGUCAUUGACAAGUUAUCUGAAACGCUCCAUAAAUGUUCUUCUAACAGGUAGCCUAAGUCAAACCAGAACUUUCUGGGAAGGUAACAGCAAAUAUGACCAAAUGGCAACAUUAUGGAAACAUUAGGCUGCAAAUGAAGAGAGGAAACGCAAUUUCACAUCCUCUCUCUGUGCAAAUAGUGAAAAUUGUUCAAAUCAGAAAUUGUGCAUUGCUAUCAAUAGAACCUGAGUUGGGCAGCUGUAACACUGCAAAAAAAAAAAAAAAAUCACCCUUAUUUGUGACCAGUACCAGUGUGGUCAGCAGAAGAUCUCAUUCAACCGCCCACUUUGAUAAAAACAGGUUUAUUGAUAAAGUGAUCACAUUAACACUGAGGCAGCUGCAAAAAUCUGUAAAAACAUCAAAGUUAAACAAAUCGUUCCUCUCUGAGCUGCAGCUUUGAAAACUGCAAGUGUUCUUCAUCGGAAAAGUUCAACACUCAUAAAAACACUUAGCUAAACCAGAAGUUUCAGCUGUAGAAAAUACUGCAUACUAACAUCACAACAACUCUGAUACUGGCUAACGUCAAGAACUUUUACUCUUUCAUACAAUUGUAACAGAAACAGUGUUUCAAAAUGUACAUGAGCUGAAAUGAUCAAGGUUACACCUGAAGGCACACUUUGUUCCUAAAAAUCAAUAAUAUGCGAUUGAUUCAUUGGUGUGCACUGGGCGACAUCACUCACACUUGCUUCUGAUUGGAAGAAAUGUAGGCGUUACAAUUGGAUCUGGUCUCCCCAAUAAUGUAUAAAUCAACUUUAUUUUUUCAAGAAAAAGAAAAGGUAUUUAAAGUUUAGCUAUUCAAUGACAAUAAUUUUAACAGGGAGGGGAAAGCGUUUGUGCCAUAUGUAUUGUGCAGGCGUUCCUGUUUUCAGAAUGGGAGAUACGUAUCUAAAGAAUACACUUUGGUGACUUAAAUCUGAUUCAACGGAUUGACUGUUGUUGCCUUAAAUCCAAUGCACACUACUGCUAGCUACUGUCAUAGCUGAACGUACGUUGAAAGUGACUGAAUGUCUCUGCUGUCUCCUGGGCUGAGGAGCCUUUUGGAAAAAACACCUUCUCCAGUUUUAAAUGGACCUUGCACAUUCUCAGCAGUUUGAUGGCAUAGACUCCCUAAACACCUCUGAGGUACAUGGACUCUUAACCAGCUCAUAUGACUUGAUGGAGUGCCAACACUUUAAUUCUCUAACACUUUUUGGGCUAUUACUGUGGUCAUCACUACACCUCCACUCCCAGCAUGUGAUAGUAAAUGGUCUGGGUUAUUUUAGCAGUUUGACAUCCUCUCUUAAUCAUGGUUAUUGCUCAAAGCCUUCACAGCAAUUCAAAAUUAAAACAUGUCCUGGUUUUGUGAGUUUCACUUUGUUUUGUAAAAGAGUGAUCUUAGUCCUUUUGUUUUAAAAAGGCAAACUCAUGAAUUAGCCAUAACCUCAGAAUCCAUGCAUUAGCUUUAUGAGCACUAUGUGUACCAAAAUAAAGAGAGUAUUCAGCCAUUCUCUACAUAUUUUGUUGUUAUUCUUGUAUUUUUGUGUUUAUUAAAUUGUAGCUCUCCGGGUAAAACUGUUUCAGAAAAGAUUUGUAAAGAAAAUUAUAAUCUUAAUAAAAAAUAAAAAUCUUCA